AUGGGCCAGUCAAGCACCGAAGGCACCACCAGCAGCAUCAACCACCCGACGGCAGCCGUCUACGGCGGCGCCAGCGCGCACCCCACGGCCGCAAACAACGUCGGCGGCGGCGCAGGUUGGGGCGACCGGAGCCCGCACAAAGGUGGACGUGACGGUCAUGGCCAGAUCAACGAGGGAUUGGGACAUAUAACUGCACACAACGCACGCUCGACAGCGGGCGAGUUCCUCGGCUUGCAAGACCAAAAGACCCGCGCGGAAAACAAGUUCCUGAGCCGGGCGGACUUGGCCGCUGCGAAUGUCAAGCCCAUGACUGAGAGCGGCGAGCCGACGUGUGCGUCCGAGGAUCAUACCUUCAUGGGCCAUUGGCCGGGUGGAUCGAAUACGUUGCCUGGGUGGGAUACGGUGAAGAAUGUGUUUGACGGGUGA